AAGUUGCGCUCAUUUACAGUCUGCUGUCCUGCAUUACUCUGCUCACUGUGGUUCUCAACCUGCUGGUCAUCAUCUCCGUCUCCCACUUCAGGCAGAGAUAAACUUUUCAGCUUGGCCUAUAAAUUGUUUGGUUUUUUGGUUACACUUACAUAGUUUUGAGUUAGGCAGAAUAUUGUCACAUUUAGGUAUCUGAUGAAAACAUUAGCAGAUUUUGACAAAACAAAAGAUUCUGUUUUUUUCCAUGUGCCUUUACUAGAAUGUUGUGCUGUUAGGCUUAUGGCUACAGGCCAAUUCAUACUACUAAUGUUAUAACUACUACAAAAAUGAUUCUUACACGCACUGUAUAUGACAAUGUGUUCAUGUUGAUAUUUUCCCAUUUCAGGCAGCUCCACACCACCACCAACCUCCUCAUCCUCUCUCUGGCUGUCGCCGACUUCCUUCUGGGUUUCCUGCAGAUGCCAAUUGAAAUCCUCCUCUUCCAAGGCUGCUGGAUGCUGGGUGACUUUGUAUGCGCUGUUAAUUACUUUUUAGGUUUCCUUAUUGUCAGUGUUUCAGUAGGAAACAUGGUGCUCAUAUCAGUCGAUCGCUAUGUGGCUAUUUGUGACCCCAUGUUGUACUCCACCAAAGUCACUCCGAAAAGAGUUAAGUUCUGCAUUGCUAUGUGUUGGAUAUUUUCAGCUGUUCACAGCACCUGGAUACUGAGGGAUUUAUUGAAACAACCAGACAGGUAUAGAUCCUGUUAUGGAGAGUGUCUCAUUAUAAUGAAUUAUGUUGAAGGAGCUUUUGACUAUGCUGUGACCUUUGUUGGCCCCAUCGUUGUCAUCAUAGUUCUAUAUCUGAGAAUAUUUGUGGUGGCUGUGUCUCAGGCUCGUGCCCUGCGCUCCCACAAUGCAGCUGUCACACUCCAGCGGUCAAAGACAGUAACUGCUAAGAAAUCUGAGAUGAAGGCAGCCAGGACUCUCGGUGUUGUUGUAGUUGUGUUUAUUCUGUGCUCAUGUCCAUAUUACUGUUUCACUGUUGCAGCUGAGAACAACCUGAUGGAGGCGACAUCUGUAGUGGCUCAGCUUUGGCUGUUGUAUUCAAACUCCUGUCUAAACCCUAUAAUCUAUGCCUUUUUCUACCCCUGGUUCAGAAGAUCUAUUAAACACAUUUUUACACUUCAGACAUUUAAGCCCGGCUCAUCUGAUACCAACAUACUAUAGAGAAAGACUGUGAUGGCUUAAACAAUUCUUUCUCUACUAAGGGAAAAUAAUUUUUCAUGCUGUUGUCAAUACAUCAAAUUUACAUGUCCUAACAUUAGGAAAAUUAAAUAUAAUAUGAAGAAAAUCAAUGUAUGUUUAUAGAAUGCAAAAUCACAUAUACAUUUGUCUGUAUCAGACACCCUGAUUCUUUCAUUCUUUGUUUGCUUUUGAUUGCCGACACCGGACAAUAAUUACCUGGAUCCAAAAGAUCCAACGGUAUCCAAGUUUAUGGAAAUGUACCCAGGUAUGCAUGUCAUAUCAUAUAUCAUAUAUAAUAUCAUAUCAAAAUGAAAAUAAAAUCUGUCUAAUUGUUUUAAAAAGAAUAUUGCUUUUGUUGAGAAAUCUUGUGAAUGGUAUUUUUAUGGCAACACAAAGACCUGUAGCAUAUAAGGAUAACCACCAAACUUAAGCUCUGAUUGGGGACUUGGUUUCAGGGUAGAGUAAGGUAAUUCACUGUGUUUGAUCAUUUCAAAACAAAUAUUAUUUCUGUCAUCUGCUUAUAAUACUAGGCUGUUUACCUGUAAUAAUGCCAUGUGUUGCAGUUGCUAGUUCAGACAACUGGCACCUUUUCUAUUCCAAUUCAGGCAUAGUUAUACAGUGGCUUGCUUUUUCUGACUGAGGAACAAUAUUAAGUUUUUUUAAAAAGUAAAUAAAUAGGAUCUGUUUGUGCACAGUAAUUAAAUGGAAUCAAUGAAAGUAUCAAUAACUUAUAACGUUAAUAUAUCAAUAAGUAAUAUCUAUGAGUGGAUGUAUCAAUAGAAUUUUCAUUAGCAAUCCUUAAAAAUAAUAUAGUUACAGUAUUAGUUUUCCCUCAUUAAUUGGCAAAUGUCAGUUUAUAAGGGGUUUUAUUAAACUUGUACCAGUUAUACCAGUUGUACCACAAUACAUUUGUAUUUAUUUAUUUAUUUAUUUUCAUAACAAUUUUGGUUACGGAAACACACCAUUAUAUAAUCCGUCAUGACCAUAAGGACAAAAGGCCUUGAUAUAACAGUGUAUGGUCUACACAAUAUCAAGUGUCUUAAUAACAUACUAUGUUUGCUUCAGUCCCAGUAUCUGUCACCUGGGCUUUCAAGUGAAUACAAUUGGCCAUUAUUUAACCUGAUUCUGAUUCCUCCCAGAAAUAAUACCAUUCAGCUUCUCUCAUGCACUGUACCUGGUUGUGGCCAGCACUGUGCUACAGCCACUGAUCACCUGAAUUGUAAAAAUGUGUUGACCACACCCAUGUGUGUUUUGAAAUUUAGGAGUUUUGGAACAAAAAGUGUUUGUAUUUCACAAAAUGGUACUUAAGCAGGGUGUGGGUGUGGCUUAAACAUGAAGUGGGUGUAGUUAGCCAGAGGUAAUUGAAAUUGAUAUGUGUUGAUCAGAAGUUGCUACAUGAAAACUACUUACACAACCUCAGAAUUGAGCUUCAGAACAAUGUUUUUGAUCACAAGAGUAAGAAAUGCAUUUACAGGAAAAGUAUUUUUUAUAUAAGAUUUGCUAUAUUUAUAAGUACUGAUACUGACACAUUUUACUCUGAUGAUACUCGUACUGGGAAAAAGUACGUUAUCUGUACCAGAUACUUGUUUCAACUAAGUACUCGCUCAAUUAAUAAACAAUUUAAAUUUAGUUUUAGUGGGUUUGGGGGUCUGUAAGUAGGGUAUACGGGUGGGCAGCGUGAGGAUAUGACUGAAUUUGACAAGGGCCAAAUUGUGAUGGUUAGACGACUGGGUCAGAGCAUCUCCAAAACUACAGCUCUUGUGGGGUGUUCCCGGUCUGCAGUGGUCAGUACCUAUCUAAAGUGCUCCAAGGAAGGAAAAGCGGUGAACAGGAGACCAAGGCUCAUUGAUGCAUGUGGGGAGUGAAGGCUGGCCCGUGUGGUCUGAUCCAACAGACGAGAAUACUGUCAUUUACUUCUUUUUACUUUACUUUACUGAACUCAAGAUCAUCUUGUACAAAUGUUCUGUAAAUAAAGAAAAUACCAUUAAAA